GAUCUAUAUUAAUAUAUAGAUACGAGGCAUUUGAGAAAACGGUGAUGGUUGCGCCCUCUAGUGAACGCAAUGAAGGAUUUCGGUUUCAACUUUUGCAGAUGUGUCACAGGAAUACUGUGUCACAGGAAUACUGUGUCACAGGAAUACUGUGUCGCAAGAACACUGUGUCACAGGAAUACUGUGUCACAGGAAUACUGUGUCACAGGAAUACUGUGUCACAGGAAUACUGUGUCACAGGAAUACUGUGUCACAGGAAUACUGUGUCACAGGAAUACUGUUUCACAGGAAUACUGUGUCACAGGAAUACUGUGUCACAGGAAUACUGUGUCACAGGAAUACUGUGUCACAAGAAUACUGUGUCACAGGAAUACUGUGUUACAGGAAUACUGUGUCACAGGAAUACUGUGUUACAGGAAUACUGUGUUACAGGAAUACUGGGUCACAAGAAUACUGUGUCACAGGAAUACUGUGUCACAGGAAUACUGUGUCACAGGAAUACUGUGUCACAGGAAUACUCUGUCACAGGAAUACUGUGUCACAGGAAUACUGUGUCACAGGAAUACUCUGUCACAGGAAUACUGUGUCACAGGAAUACAGGGAGGUAAGACAGUAAUAAGGACAAUAAAGGCGUGUUUAUCAUUAUAAUUAUGCAAUAAAGGUGAACAACUAGACUCGAGUAUGUGGAAAAGUUAUAUAUAGGUACAAAUAUUAUAGGUUCCCAAAUGUCAUGGAGCCAAAACCGUAGGUCGAUGAAAUUUUCCAGCAUUGAAAAUGUUGAGGAAUUUGUCGAUGUCAGCGAUAAUUCAAAUGUUUAAUAUCUGUAGCCGACAAAACAUUUAAGUAAAGCAGGUGCUGAAACAUACGCUAUAUUGCAAAGUCUGAGUUGGUUUACGUUUUUAAUAACUUCGAAUAAACAACUUUAAUAAAAAAAAA